AUGUUAAGCUUGAUGGUGGAAUCAGCCAACAAGAUGCUGGAGAGGUGGACAGCUCUCAUAAACUCCAGAACACCGGAGAUCGACAUUGAGAGUGAGAUCAUCUCUACGGCGGGGGAGAUCAUAGCCAAGACCAGAUUCGGCAUUAGCCAAGAAAAUGGCAAGAAAGUUUUCGAGAAACUGCAAGUCUUGCAGGUCACUCUCUUCAAGACAAAUUGUUUCGGGGGCAUGCCUUCAAACCAGUUCAUUGCCCGCAAACAAUCCCUUGAGGCGAAAAGAUUGGGAAAAGAAAUAGACAACAUACUAAUGUCGAUCAUUGAUGAUUGCAAAGCUGGCAUCGUGGCGAAUAAUUGGAAGGACUUGCUCGGGUUGUUACUCGAGGGGAACUGCGGAAAUGGAAAAGUAGGGAAGAGAUGA